AUGAUUGAUUCUUACGGAAGGUUUACCACGACGGAGUUCAUGGAUUCAACACGAGGUGGUAACGAUUCAACCCCGCAGCUUCGUCGCAGCCAAUCCGCCGUCCCGCUGCCCUAUAACCCUCCGUCGGAGCGCUAUAACGCUCUUCAUGUGGACACGUUCGCUGAAGAUCGAAACUUUGCCUUUGCCGUUUGGUCGACGGGUUUUUGCAUCGUGGAGCUCUUCUUCGCGGAUGCCCAGGGGCGGCUUCUCUGCGAUGCGUUCAACGGUGAACAACUCAAGAGGCUAGAUGGCUUACCUGGCGAUGGCACCAUUUCCAUUUAUCAGUCGCAACCCUCAGCGCAAGUGGUGAUGUUUGAGGAAGGGGUCGCAAGUUUUCGUUUUGCAGCCCUUCCGAAGGUGCCGGACCCUAGUAUUACGGAGGAGGGAGCAGAAAAGUCCCUACCGAUUGUCGAUUAUGUUGUGGCAGCGGAUGCCGUUAUCGCGCUGUGGCCUCACGGGUUGGUGGAGAAGCACAACUUGUCUGAUAAUCGAGUGUUCACCAUCGCAGAACCUUUUGAAUCUGUUGCUACGACGAUAAUAAGUCUAUCUUUUGGGCAAACAGACUGCGUCGCAGUUGGGGACUCGACGGGAGCUAUCAGCAUUUUCCCCUUGGCCAACAGUGACACUGCGUGUCAAGAGCUGGUAACGCGGAAGCCAGCCCAUGCGAACGACAGACGAGUGACUCAGUCGCCAGCCCAUGAUACUGUUCCCGAUUUUGUGUGGGAGCUGGUGGCGUGCUUCCGCACUUACUCCCCGGACGUCUCGAUAGCAACAUUUGAAGCUCCAGAGUUCCUGUUCUGUGGGUUUGAUGGCGGUAGCUUCGAAUGCUGGAGGCUGCCGUCCACUUCAGAAAAAUCCCCUUCAAGGGGUUUACGCAGCCGAGCACAAACUCCCGGACGUAUUUCAGUCGUCAAGCGAGCGCUCCACGCCAUCGACUUGCACUUGGCGCCUGUGCGCAGUAUAUUGUGUGAAUCGGGGGCCGGAAACUCAGUCGCCGCUAGCCCGCAGCCAGUCGCCGACAACUUCUCGUGGGUCUUCUCGUACGACGAAGAUGCGAUUGUCCUUGUCUGGUGUUUCUCUCUCGACUUCUUCUUCCCCCAUCGACGAAUCAAAGUCCACGAGUGCAUCAAAGGCAUCUACAUUUCCCCAUCAAGCGGCUACCUGGAUCUGUUUGCGUACAUUGAUCGCUGCAUCGAUCGGAUUGAUCACCUCGGGCCUGGAGACAAAGAGGCGGUGAGACUGCGUCUCCGACGAGGGCGAGAGCUCUCAGCUCAGCGUGAUCUGAACAAACUGGAAGAAGCAAGUGGCCAAACCAAGCGAGAAGAAGGUCGUCGCGUGCAUACGGCGUCCAGCUUCAGGUCUCGCCUAGCUGCCCCAACUGCUUACGACCAAAGCAGCUUCGGGGUUCCGUCCGUUCGGAUCAACAUCACGUUGCCCGCUGUCGAGCAGAAGGUGAAAGUCGUGCGCAAGUCUUCGGCAGGAGCUUCGCCCGUCAAACCGGUGGUUGACGAGGUAAAACUCGUCCAGCCUCAAUCUGUGGACAAGCCAGCUAUGGACAAAACUCUUGACACAAAAGAAGCCACUCGAGAGGAGAAGAAUCUCCAAAAUGUUCUCAGCGCGUCCCCCACGCGGAUACUGGAUCGGCCGCCGUCUAAGGCGAAACCUCGCUCUCCAGUGCUCCGUCGAAACCAUUCGCCUCAACGAAAGAAGCGCAGUAAGAAGAAGUCGCCAAGGAAAAAUAAGGCUAGAGACGCCAACGCAAGUUUCCUGCCGGGACAGAACUCGCUCCCUAGCAGCUUCCAGCAAACCAAGCCCCGCGUGUACCGGAAGGCUGUAAAACCGCUGGAUUCGCUGUCGUCUCAGGCUCGCUGCGCUGUAAUUACUGCUGGGAGUGCCUAUUCAUCAUCCUCAUCUUCGUCUUCGUCCUCGGAAGAAGAGGAUGAUCCAGCCGCAGCUGAUGCUGUCGAGCAGGCGAAACACAUCGUCCGAUCGACCAGCGCGAUCACUUUGGACUUCGGUCUGCAAGAAAAGGUGUCGGUGGUUUCUCUCGUGGAAGACGAAGUCGAAUCCAUCUUGUUGCUGGACUAUCGACCAGGAAGCCGUCGGCCGCGAUCCCGGCGUUCAAAGCAGCCUAUCGAUGAGGACAACUACGAAGCCCCGAGAGCUUCGUUUGAGAUUCCUUUCCUGCCUUGGGACCGGAUGUCGGAGCAUGACCGCAGAGUCGAGCUCAUGGCCGCGAGCAAGUCCAAGUGCAUCCAGGAAGGCGCUGAAAGGGACGAAGUCUUCGUACCCCCCGUGGAGGACUUCGAGAGUGUCGAGAUCUCAGUCCAGCUGGGAAUCCGAGCGUUCACGAGGUGGUUCGCAGCUACGCAUCGCCACCACCAGCGGAUACGAGAGCGCUUCCUCGCGGAGGAGGUACUCUUCGCUGCGGUAGACCCCGUCAUCCACCAAAAACUUGCAGACAUGGGGCUGUCACCUCCCCCGAAACAGCAAGUCGGCCUCUCCACUUCGACCGCGUGGCAAGAGUUUGUGUCCUGGUACUGCUUGGGUCUCACGACGCGCCACCAGACCAUCCCGCCCGAAGUACUGCAAAGAGAGCGCUUGAAGGCGCGGACGGAGUAUCUGGAGUUGAGACUGCGCAUGGUUGCUCAGUCGGAGUUGGAGGUUCAAGAGGAAGAGGAGAGAGCGGGGCCGUGUGAAGAGGAGUGCGAGCCCCCACAGCGCGUGUACAUCUUCGAGCACUUCGUCAAGCGCUCGCUGAGCGAUAAUGACAGCCCGACGUCGUGGGAGAACACGAGUCCGGAGAACCGCCAGAAGGAAAUCACGCUAGCGUUGAUGGAUCCUGCGGUUCAGAUCGCAGCGAUGAGGAACGAUAUCGAGCUUCCCGACGUGUCUGGGUCGUGCAUGGAGGACUUUGACAUGCUUCAGCUAGCUGGCAAGUUCAUCCCGUGGUGGCGCGCCAGUCGAAACAUCCACCGCCGAGACUUCCUCAACCGAGAGGUCCACGAAGCCUCCACCAGCAAAGCCAUACUGGAACUGCUGUCCAAAGAGCAGCACGCCGACGGCGAAACAAUCAACCGGAACCAGGCGAUCAAAGACUUCUUCGAGUCGUACUUCCGCUCGGACAAGGCGCGCCACACGUUCCUCAAGAAGAAGCUGUUCUACCUCAAGCGCAAGAGCCGAAUCGCCAGCGUCGCUCGGUACGGGAAGCUCCCCGCUCCUCUUGUCGUCGAGACUCUUCCGCUUCCACUUGUGAGCUCCUUCGAGUUCGUCGAGAGGGAAAUCGUCGAGGAAGUCGAGACUGAAGAGUUCGUGGAGCCUGUGGAAGAAGAGGAGGGGCCGGUCGAGCCUGAAGAAGUUGUCGGGACUGAUGAACAGCCCAAGGCCAUCUCCAUCGAUAACCAGCGGGAGCAAGAGGAGGAGGAGCUUCGCAGGCUGGAAGGAGAGAAGGCCAAGAUCACACUCGAACUCAUCUAUAUGGCGCGAGAAGACGCUCUGUCGCGCGAGUACAACAACAGCUUCGUCGAUAGCGAUGAAGAAGUCGAGGAAUCCUCCUUGGUCGUCCCCAAACGGACAGACUUCUCGCGGUCGUACUUCUUCGGCAACCUCCCGAUGCACUACCGAAAAGUGGCGUCGUCUGGCUGGCGGGCUGGUAGUGGCGUUGACAACGGGGACGAGGAGCACGAAGAAGAGGAACAGUUGGAGCGCGAACGCGAGCGUCAGCGACUUCUGGACGAGCAAGAAGCCGAAAGGCUCCUGGAGCUGGAGCGGCAGGCCGAGCGAGCUCGUAUCGAGAAGGAGCGAGAGGAGAAAGCGUUCCAGUUCCGCCGGGUCCGACAAGCAGAGCUCAAGAAGGUCCUCGUGCAUCAAGCUGAGCUCGAGGCCCAACGCAAAGCCGAUCUUGAGAUUGCGCGCGAGAUGAUGGAGCAACGCCUCAUGCAGCGGGAAGACGAGCAUUCGUGCUGGCACCGCGACCAACUCUUGCGAGACCAAACCGGGAUGCAGCUGGAAGACCAGCUAGCGUUCCAGAUCAGGAAGGAGCUGCGUGAAGCUGCUGUCGCGAGGCUGCGUCUGCUACUGCACGAGCAGGCCUGUAUGUCAGCAGAAGACCAACGAUCCUUCCUGGUCGGCAAAGAGUUUACGGCGUUGGAACACCAGCGAGCUGUACGGCGCGCCUUCUUGUCGGAGCUCUACACCCCAUUCCAUCCGUUUUACAACGGCUCAGCAGAGGCGUCCGAGUCCUUCCUGCCUCGGAUUCAGUGGAGACUGGAGCAGGAGCAACUGCGACGAACUCCGGUGAAAUCAGCAGUCGGGUAUACGAUUCCUCUGCAAGACGCGCUGGUUCUGGACGAGCUGGAUCAAGAACCGUAUCUUGCACGAGACUCGCGCAAGUUCAAACUGCUCAUGGGACUGCCUCUGAGAACUCCAAGCAGCCAAAAGCGCCCUCGAAUACCAACGGCAGACGCCAUCAUCGCCAUGCAGCAGCAGCAACGCCAGCUUGUUGAUCUCGAUGAAGAGCGCCAUGAAUCAUCUUGUAGCACGGGGAAGCACGCACCAUUACCUCAUAAGGUUAGACCGCACAGUCGUACCAAGACCACGGAUGAGCGGAGUCGUUUGCCGGAGAUUAUGCCCAAGAUCCGCUCUGUUAGCAGUCUCACUGACCUGAAGGAAGCCUGCAGGAAACAGGACUCCCAGUCCCCUACAAAACGCAAGACAAGUAAAAGCAACCAGCAGCAGCAACAACAGCAGAAUCAGCAAAAUCAGUCGCUGCCAUUCUUCCGCGGAAAUAUGCUCGUACAAGGCCAUGGCCAGCCACGAUCAAAGGACUAUGCCUAG